AUGCAUACAGGAUGGGGAGCCCAUGACUGCUCUGCACCCGUGAACCAGUGUGUGUUGAAUCCCUGUGACCCGGAGGGGACCCUGUUCUGUGAAGAGCUGGCGAACGGCUUCAGUUGCGUCUGCCAACACGGGUACAUGGGACGGCUGUGCGAAAUCCCCAUAAGUCACUGCGUGGAUGGGCUGUGUCAUCACGGAUCAAAGUGUGUGGAUCUACCGAGAGGAUUCAAGUGUCAUUGUUUACCCGGUAAGCUAAUCACCAGGAACAAAGAACCAGGGGGGGGUGAUUUUAAUGGGGUGUGUGUGCGUGUUUGGAGUGCGCGUGCGUGCGUUGCCCUGUAAGACAUUGGCUCCUUGUUACUGAAACCUGUGGUGAUGUUUAUAUUUAUUUCAGGGUCUUGUCCCUGCAUUUAGGAUGACUGAAUACUAAAUAUUAAUGCACUGUUUCCUAAACCUCUCCUCAAGUACCCCCAGCCGUCCCACUUAUUUCAUACUAAAACUAGAACACCUGAUUGAACUGAUAAAGGCUUUGGUGAGUAGUUGACCAAUUGAAUCAGGUAUGAUAGUGGCUUAAGUUAAGCAGUAGAUAGGAGCCAGUAGAAAGGUGUGUUAGUGGGGUAAGGAGCCAAUAGACAGGUGUGUUAGUGGGUUAAGGAGCCAAUAGAAGGUGUGUUAGUGGGGUAAGGAGCCAAUAUAAAUGUGUGUUAGUGGGUAAGGAGCCAAUAGAAAGGUGUGUUAGUGGGUAAGGAGCCAAUAGAAAGGUGUGUUAGUGGGUAAGGAGCCAAUAGAAAGGUGUGUUAGUGGGUUAAGGAGCCAAUAGAAGGGUGUGUUAGUGGGUUAAGGAGCCAAUAGAAUGUGUGUUAGUGGGUAAGGAGCCAAUAGAAAGGUGUGUUAGUGGGUUAAGGAGCCAAUAGAAAGGUGUGUUAGUGGGGUAAGGAGCCAAUAGAAAGGUGUGUUAGUGGGUUAAGGAGCCAAAAUAAAUGUGUGUUAGUGGGUAAGGAGCCAAUAUAAGGUGUCUUAGUGGGUUAAGGAGCCAAUAGUAAGGUGGGUUAAGGAGCUAAUAGAAUGUGUGUUUUUGGGUUAAGGAGCCAAUAGAAAGGUGUGUUAGUGGGUAAAGAGCCAAUAGAAAGGUGUGUUAGUGGGUUAAGGAGCUAAUAGAGGUGUGUUAGUGGGUUAAGGAGCCAAUAGAAAGGUGUGUUAGUGGGUUAAGGAGCCAAUAGAAAGGUGUGUUAGUGGGUUAAGGAGCCAAUAGAAGGUGUGUUAGUGGGUAAGGAGCCAAUAGAAAGGUGUGUUAGUGGUUAAGGACCCAAUAGAAAGGUGUGUUAGUGGGUUAAGGAGCUAAUAGAAAGGUGUGUUAGUGGGUAAGGAGCCAAUAGAAAGGUGUGUUAGUGGUUAAGGAGCCAAUAUAGGUGUGUUAGUGGGUAAGGAGCCAAUGGAAAGGUGUGUUAGUGGGUUAAGGAGCCAAUAGAAAGGUAUGUUAGUGGGUUAAGGAGCCAAUAGAAAGGUGUGUUAGUGGGUAAGGAGCCAAUAGAAAGGUGUGUUAGUGGUUAAGGACCCAAUAGAAAGGUGUGUUAGUGGGUUAAGGAGCUAAUAGAAAGGUGUGUUAGUGGGUAAGGAGCCAAUAGAAAGGUGUGUUAGUGGUUAAGGACCCAAUAGAAAGGUGUGUUAGUGGGUUAAGGAGCUAAUAGAAAGGUAUGUUAGUGGGUUAAGGAGCUAAUAGAAAGUUAUGUUAGUGGGUUAAGGAGCCAAUAGAAAGGUGUGUUAGUGGUUAAGGACCCAAUAGAAAGGUGUGUUAGUGGGUUAAGGAGCUAAUAGAAAGGUGUGUUAGUGGGUUAAGGAGCCAAUAGAAGGUGUGUUAGUGGGUUAAGGAGCCAAUAGAAAGGUGUGUUAGUGGGUUAAGGAGCCAAUAUAAAGGUGUGUUAGUGGGUUAAGGAGCCAAUAGAAAGGUGUGUUAGUUGGUUAAGGAGCCAAUAGAAAGGUGUGUUAGUGGGUUAUGGAGCCAAUAGCAUCCCAGAGAGAUGAGUAAUGUUUGAUAAAGAGGUAUUUAGUACUGGGAUAAUGUCACGCAGUGAACUGCCAAUAGAACGUUCUAGGAAUUUAACUAAAAAACACAUUAUUACAUGUCAAAAUGAUUCCCCCAUUAUUCCACCCCUUAAUUCAGAGGGUCAAAAACCACUAGUCUCAUUCAUUUCUUCUUCAUGCAGGUUUAACGGGACAAUUCUGCGAGGUGAACACAGACGACUGUGAAGAGAAGCCGUGCGGUGUUCUAAGUAUUUGCAAAGACACCAUCAACGGCUACAAUUGUUUCUGUGCACCUGGAUUUAUUGGUGAGUAG